AUGGCCGGAUCUUGGGAACGGCUUAUUGGUACCGUUAGAAGGAUUCUGGACAGCAUGUUGCGUAAUACUGACACUUUACAUCUCACGCAUGAAGUGCUUACGACUUUUCUAGCCGAAGCGUGUGCUAUAGUGAACCAGCGACCACUGGUACCCGUAUCUGACGACCCUGAAAACCCAGUGUCAACAUCAACAGCAUCAUCACAUUCAUCAUCCUUAAGUCAACAUGAUAGGGACAGUCCAACCUAUGGAAGAGGUAGAGGUGGCAAGAGAAGAGGAAGAGGUGGCCAUAGCAGAGGAUGUGGAGUCCGAGAGACUCGGGGAAGAGGUCAAGAGACAUCAGCAAGUAGACCUCGAGGCAGAGGGCGAGGAAGGGGAAGGACUAGAGGGACACGAGCAGACAGUGCUGUUGAUGCCCUUCAACAAAGGAGGCAGACGUUAAGGAACAGAGUUAAUGAAAUGGAGGCUGCAGAUGCCAUGUCACUACUUUUGCGGGUAGUUGAACGCUUCUCGUCAAUGGUCUUUGAUCUUGUGGAAGAUGCUGGAGCAGCUGGAAGUGGAGGAUAUCACCCACCACCCGGAGCAAAUUCACCUCCUUGGUGCUCCUUUGGAAACUGCCGGGAAAUGCCAACAGCGCCUGAACGCUUGUGUUGCAGGAAGGAUCCAGCAAACUGCAUAACCAAUCUGCCGGACUUUCAAGUGUUGGUGUUGGAUGAAGCGGUUUUGGCACUAGCAAGAUUAUACCGCCAGGAUACGUUUGCCUUGCCAGAAGAGGAAGACUGGAACAAGGCAAAUCGACAUGCUGCAUACAGACAAUACAUUUUUUGGCAGCUUGGUCGCCUAGGAACAGGUGAUCGCCGCGUUAUACCAAGUUGUGCCGUUUGGAAGAUCCGAGAAAGGUAUCCGGACCAAUUUGGACAAUACACUGGUUUUAAGGCUUCACGCUUGGCAUAG